AUGUCCGUGGUUAAAGGAAAAGCAUUAGUGAAAAUGGAUGUUAUCCAAGUUGGUGAAUACGAGUUUACAAAACAAGAUAUAAUAGGCCAUGGAGCUUUUGCAAUGGUGUACAAAGGAAGAAAAAGAAAGAGCCCCUCACAAUCGGUAGCCGUGAAAGUCGUGACGAAGAAGGGUCUGCAGAAGGCGUCAGAGAUCCUCGUGAAGGAAAUCAAGAUCCUGCGCGAGCUGACAGCGCUUCAUCACACGAACCUUGUCGCUAUGCACGACUGUAUGGACAGCACCGCUUAUGUCUAUGUGGUCAUGGAGGAAGCGGUCGGAGUACGGUGUUGGGUGCCGUCCGUAACCCACUGGCCUUGCCCUUAA